AUGUGGAUGAUUCUGGUAACUGCUUUUACUUUAGCUUCUACUAUUUCACAUGGUCGAGUUCUGCUUUAUCAUACUGAAAACAAUGAUGCAAUUCAAAAAAUUGAUUGUGUGUAUGAGAUUAAUGAAUAUGGAAUGGAUAUUUCAUAUUGUAGGCGUCCUUAUUCGAUUGAAGGACUUUAUCGAAAGAGUAACUAUUGUGAAAACCAGGGUGGAAAAAAACUAUUCCAAGAUCUACUUAAUCAAGGUAUUCAACCUAGCGAGAUUCUAAAAUGGAGUUCAAGCAUUGAAAUGGCUGAUAUGUAUGCUAGUAUUUUCUACAAUCAGUCACGAAUUGAAUAUGAUCAAGAUAAUAAUGAUGAUUGGUUCCUGUGUAACUGCACAAAACCAGGAACAUUUGGAAAAUAUUGUGAAUAUGAAUUAACACAUCAUGCUACAUCAUUUCAUGAAGCCAUGGAAGCUCAAUUUAAAGAUAAGAAAGAAGGUGACUCAUGGAAUACUCAACGAUAUGGAAAAAUUCUCUGUUAUGAAACAAUUGGUAAUCCAAAUAGUGAUAUGUGUUUCGAUUGGCGAGAUAUUUGCGAUGGUCAUCAACAGGCUUCCUUUGGUAUGGAUGAACAAAAUUGGGAUAUGUUGGAAUUUAAUGAAUGUGAAGACGAUGAAUUUCGAUGUGUCAAUGGUAUGUGCAUUGCAGAAGAAUUCUGGCUUGAUGGUGAUCAAGAUUGUAUGGACUGGAGUGACGAAGUACUGCGUGCGAGUGACAUGUGCUUCUACACUCCGGAUGCAAUCGAUUGUGACGAGCAUGUGUGUCUACGUCAAGAAUAUUCUUGUGGUGAUGGACAGUGUAUUUCAUGGAAUGAUCGAAUACCAUUUCAACGGUCGUUACCAAGAUCAACCGAUUGUUUUAACAAACGAAAUCUGAAUUAUAUGUGUGAAUUGAGUUUACGUCAACGUACUUGGACACUCGCUAAUGGUUUGUGUUGGCCAGACGAAAACUAUGAUGAUCCUCUAUAUUCUCCAUGGCAUAUCAUCAAUUCAACAAGCAAAGUUUCAAAUCAAGAAUGCAAUUAUCUAUUUCGAUGUUUUUUUACGGACAAUUUCGAACGAGACUGCCCAUGUAAAGACUAUGAUUGUAUAGAAAUAAUGAAACGUGUAUGUCCAAUGAAAUCUCACGUUAAUUAUCCAGCACCAGGAUUGAUUAAUAACAAUACAUUCAUCUUAUACGACUUGUCAACAUUAUCUAAAAAAGAUCCGAAUGAUUACAUCUUCGUACUUUAUGGUGAAGUUUUAUGCAGAGGAUAUGAAUUCGUAUCUGAUUCUCAACAAAUGACGAUAAGUUUAUUGCCUUACAUGAUUACAUUUCGUGGCGCGAACGAAAUACUUUGCGGAAUUGACAAAGAUCGAAGUUACUUUUCAUCUUUUCAACAUGACAAGUUCUGUUGGAAUGAAUCUUUAACAUUUAAUGGUCGCCCGUAUGCUGUUGCUCUUGAAGUUUGUCGCAUUGGAGGAUCUUGUAUCUCACAGUAUAGAAUUCGGGAUGGAGUUCAAGACUGCGCCGAUUUUCAAGAUGAAACCGAAGUCUUCGAGAAAGAUUAUUGCACAGAAAAUGUCGGCCGGCAUCGCUUUCGAUGUUUUAAUGACGAACACAAAUGUCUUCAAUUGAACGGGAUUGACAGUGGGUACAGUCAUUGUUCGAAUAACUUUGAUGAACUGUGGUAUGGUACUGUUAAGAUUAGUAGAAAAAUUGGACUCUGUGAAAAACAUGAUAUUACAAAAUGUAAAGCUUGGAGAGAAUAUAUCAAAAUGUCAUCUACGAAUAUUACAGUUAAUAAUCAUUCGCUUGACCAUUCUGAAUCAUCGACAUCGCUUACUAAUAUAGAAUUUCGACGAUAUUGUGAUAGCUUUUGGGAUAUGAAUGCACGAGCUGACGAAUUACCUUCUUAUUGUCGCUAUUGGGUAUGUCUAAAGCAUGAGUAUCAAUGUCAAACUGGUCAAUGUAUACCAGUUGAAUGGGUAUGUGAUGGAGUAUGGGAUUGUAGCGAUGCUUCAGAUGAAGAAGCUAUUGUGCUCAUUAAAAAAUGGUCUUCUCAUAAUACUAAUCUCUAUAAUUUGGAAAAUCGAACCGAAGAAUGUCGAAAAAGAUAUUCGCAAUUACCAUUUUCUAAAAUUUGCAAUGUUUCUUUUGAAUUUGGUUGUUAUCUAUCUCGAGUAUCAAAUCCAUUAGAUAUAGUCACCAAUCAUCCAUGCAUUAAUCUUACUCAAAUUGGAGACGGUGUAGAAGAUUGUUACAAUGCCUAUGAUGAAAAAAAUACAGCUGAAAUUAGUUCAGCGAUGUUAGGCUUUGUUCUUCGUUGUGAGAACAAAUUCAUACUUCAUCGAUAUGCUUGUCUGGAGGGAUUCAUUCAUAAUUGUACUCACGUUCUCUGCUCCAGACAUCGAGAUCAAAACAGAACAUGUUCUGAUAAUUCUGAUUUCAUUUGUCUUGGAAAUAACAAGUGCAUGAAAAAUAUAAGGUGUGAUGGCAAACCAGAUUGUCCACAUGGAGAAGAUGAAUAUUGGUGUGAUUUUAGCAUGGGUCUGAGUCAAGUCAGUUAUCGUUCGGACAAAUUGAUAUCGAAGAACGUUUAUGAGUAUAAUUUUAAUGUUGCAUCAUUUCCAUUUGAAGAUGAAAGUCAGUCUAUUUCCAACAAAGAAAAAGUUUCACACAUCGAAUAUCGAAAGAAUCAUUCUUUCAUGGUUCAUUCUUAUCAAUGUAAUCGAGGCGUAGCUAUUCUUCAUAUAAAUAAAACUAUAUGUUUGUGUCCACCUGCGUAUUAUGGAAAUUGGUGCGAAUUUUUCAGUGAUCGAAUCACCGUUAUUGCUCGUCUUGAUCAAGAAACAUUACCGAAAACAAUCGUAGACUACACCUUCAAAGUUCAAUGCAAUUUUCUUUUCCACAAUACAAUUAUCGAUUCUUAUGAAUUUAUUAUUGUUCGACAAAAUUCAAAAAUCAAAUACAUAAAGCAUAAAUUUUAUCUUCUAUAUUCACGUUCCAACAAUAUGCUUGAACAUAAACGAGCACGUUAUUUCAAUCGUAGUGAUGUAAUUAAUAACCAUCCAUAUUCAGUUCAUUUUGAUAUAUUCUUAUCAGAACAAAAUAAAACUAUGAAAGAAAUUGGUUCAUGGCAAUAUCCAAUUUACUUUGAUUAUUUACCUGCAUUUCGUUUGGCUGUUGUCUUGAAAUUUUCAUCGUGGUUUGGUAAUGCUACACUUGAUCCUUGCUUGAAAAAUAAUUGCACUGAAAAUUCUAUUUGCAUGCCAAUUUUAAAUCUCAAUCAUUCCUAUUAUUGUUCAUGCAAGAAUGGUUAUUACGGAAGAGAAUGUAGCAAAUAUGAACCUCUUUGUAAUAAGUACUGUUCGAAAAACUCUAUUUGUCGACCUGAUCAUAAUGCUAUUCUGAUUAAUCAAAGAAAACCGUAUUGUAUAUGUCCACUAAAUUAUUUUGGGCCACAAUGUAUUUUAAAAAAUGAUGCAUGCUAUUCAGAUCCUUGUUUCAACAAUGGAACUUGCUUGGUUCGAGAACAUCCAAAUGGAGAAACAUCAUACAUUUGUAACUGUUCUACGAGAUUCUAUGGUGAUCAAUGUACGAAAGAAAAAGCAUCCGUGCAUAUAGAUCUCAAUAUGAAAAAUGAUUCAUUUGUUCGUGCAACUGUUAUUCAACUGUACAAUCUGCAUAAAAGUGCACUUCAUAUCCAAUAUCAACAAGUACACUAUGGUUUGCCAUCAAGAUUUGACUAUGCUCAUGAAGGUUCUUAUGCGCCACUUAUUGAUAGUAGUUCAUCUGUACCAGCUGUUUUUAAAUAUCAUCAAAUUUGUCAAAAUAAUACUAAACUGUAUUGUUUUCAUGAUGAAAUUUAUGUCUGCUUUUGUUCAGUAGACCAUUAUGAAGCUGGUUGUUUUCUUCAUAAACCUCAAAUUGAUCAUUGUAGCAAAUGUUUAUCUUCAGGUCAGUGUCUUCAUGGUGAUCUAAACAAUACAAAGGAUUUCAUUUGUCUUUGUCCAAAUUGUUAUCAAGGACCUCUUUGUGAACUCAAUUUACAAGCAUUUGGUUUCACUCUCGAUUCACUCCUUAUCGAAUUUUCCAAGAAAAUAAAAAUUAUCUAUACUUCUAUAGCUUUGUUACUUUUCAUUGUGGGUCUCUUCAAUAAUAUAUGUUCAUUCAUUACAUUCAAACGAUCUGCACCUCGAAAAGCUGCAGCUGGUAACUAUUUAUUGAUUGCUUCUGGUCUCAAUCAGGCUGCUCUACUUUGCUUACUUCUCAAACUCAUACAAAUCACAUUUGAAAUUCCUAAUGAACAUUUAUGCAAGGCAAUAUCCUAUCUUCUUUCUGUAUUAACAAGAUCCACCUUCUAUCUAACAAGUUGGACUACCGUUCAUGGCGUUCUCAUGACUAUCUCUCCAAAUGGAAAUGCUUCGAAAAAUCCUCGUAUAGCUAUUGGAGUGAGCACAGUUACAUUGGUGACUAUAUUUGCUAUGCAUAUACAUGAAAUUAUCUAUUCAACUGUUAUUCAACAUGUUUCAACUGAUUCAUUUAUGUGUGUCAUCGAAAUUCGCAUUCAAUCGAUUUUGACUUAUAAUCGUAUUACAACUUUAAUGCAUUAUCUCUUACCAUUCUCUAUUCAAAUUAUUUGUAUUACUACCCUUAUUGUUAGGGCUGCUCGAAGUCGACUUAAAGCAACUAGAGAAAGAAACACAUUUUAUCAAGUAUUGAAAAAACAAUUUCAAACACAAAAAGACCUUUAUAUCGUACCAAUAACAGUUAUAUUGUCUUCUCUAUCACAAAUCAUUAUCACAUUUAGUUUAGCAUGUAAACAUCUGGAAGAUUGGCAGCGUCAUGCAUUACUUAGUGCCUAUUUACUUUCUUAUGCACCACAAAUUUUUGGUUUCAUUCUCUAUGUCUUACCAUCAACUCUUUACAAAAAGGAACUCAAUCAGACAUUAAUUGGUAAGCACAUGUUACGAUGGGUACUGCAGAAGAAGCAAUAG